CCCACGAUGCCAGGGUCAGGCUCAUCCAUGGGAGUCGAGCCCCACGUUGUCAGAGAGACUUACACCCCUGAAAGUCAUGUCCCAUGGAGUAGGGAGGGUAGUGAGUUUAUUUGCAGAGUUUGGGUUAGAGAGAGUGAGGAAGGUGGUGGAAUUUUUUCACGUGAUAAACUAUUAAGCCAUGUCAAUAUAUACUUUCUCAGGCAGGAUAUUUCUGAGGGGGAUGCCUAAUAUUCAAUAUUGUCUUGUUUACAUAGCUGUGAUAGGUACUCUGUCUCCUCAAAAGUCUCAAUAACAGCUGCACUUACACAAGGCCUUUGGACAUAUAUGCUUUAUAUUUUGUUAAAUCAAGAAGAGAAGUUGAGUUUAACACCCCCCAAAAAACAUGGCAGAGCAGAGGCAGGACUGUGAAAGAUGCAUAAACAAAAUUAAUUUGUGAUAUGAGGAAUUCAAAGAAAUCUUUAUGAAGGUUUUGAAAUUCCCAUAGGACAUGAAAUGGGGGAGCUAUGUUUUAUGCUAAUCUUAUAAAACACAUUAAAUCACUUGGUGUUUGCAAAUACAAUUUAUAAUUAAUGCAUCUUAGAAAUUUUAGUAGAAGCUACCUAUCGAAGUAAACAUUCAAUGCAUAUUUAAGGCUUUACUAUAGCUAUACUUUGGUGAUUGGUCUGAAAGCUUCUCUGAAAAUUUUCCAAUUAAAAUUAUUAUGGAUGUAAUCUAGGCAGAUAUGCUAUUGAGGUCUCCUUCCUCUAUGUCGAUGCUUCCCGAUCUUUAAAGUGCUUGUGAAUCCUCCUGAAAUCUUGUUAAAGGGCAGAUUCUGUCUGAGUAGGUCUGAGCUGGGGCCCAGGAUUCUACGUUUCUAACAAGCUCCAGGUGGCAUCGAUGCUGCUGUUUGGCAGGUCACACCUUGAGUAGCAAAACUCUGUCACACAAUUGAGGACCCAUGAUGGGGGGAUUUCUCUUAGUUCCUAGCAUGAGCAAAGCUGUAUUCCUCCUAAACAAUUUUAUUUUCUUGAUUUGUUUUUUAAUCUUGUGGACACUGCUAGAGAACUGAUUAGUCAACUGCCCCCAGCAACUACACAGACCCUAUGAUACAUGUCAGUAUGUUAAUUUAGCCUUGGCUUCUAAUUUCAUAUCCUUAUUUUUCCUUCACUCCAAAUUCCUCAUUAUUUUGAUUCUUAGUAUAAAAGCAUUCAGGUAAAUAUAAAUAUACUGAAUCAUAUAACAUCUAUGUCAAUCAGAUUGAACAAUGUUAUUCAUAUUUGAUUCUGAUUUAAAAAAAAAAAAAAUACGUAAUUGAAAUCCUUUUGUCCUCUUCCCCAAUCCUGGUCCCCUUCUUACUCUCCUGCCUUUGGAGACAUUGAUGACGUGACAUUGAUAUGUGAUCAUCCAUGAUGUUUACUUGUAUUACAUAAUAUGCUGACCCUGGGGGCAACCAAACCAUUUUAGGCUACUCACUUUGGCCUGAAGAGUUGCUGCCACUGCCACCACCGCAGCCAUGGCUUGUCAGUCUCAGGGCAUCCAGCAGCUGCUGCAGGCCGAGAAGUGCACUAUUGAAAAGGUCUCUGAGGCUUGCAAACAAAAAGGACCAAGGCUGAAGCAGGCCAAAGAAGCAGCUCAGGCUGAAACUGAACAGUACCUCCUGCAAAGGAAUAAAGAGUUCAAGGCCAAGGAAGCUGUGACUCGAGGAUUCCAUGGCAGUUGCAGCACUGAAGUGGAGAAGGAGAGCCAGGAGAAGAUGACCAUCUUCCAGAUCUACUUCCAGUGGAACAGGGAGGAAGUCCUGGAUAACCUCUUGGCCUUUGUCUACGACAUCCAGCCAGAAAUCCAUGAAAACUACCUCAUAAAUGGAUAGGGGAGGAGCACCUGUUCGUGGAUUGGCAUUUUAGAUGCCCUCACAUGGAGUGUGAAGCUUUAGCAGAGCUACAAUUAUGUUCUUGUGGAAGGGUAUUAAAUUAUUUCUGUAUGUUGUAUAGUAGGUCCUUUCACUUUUUUUGAGAGUAGCACACCUAGCUGCUUUGUACGGAUUUACAGCUUAUCCAAAGAUUCCAUCUUUUAAUCUCAUAUUUCUGAUAAAUUUGAUGGGUAUAUGUUAUCUUACUCUAUGUCACUUAGCUCAAGCUACAUGUAUGGCAAUAUUGAUUUUUCUUUCUUAGAUCUAGUACCAAAAAACACUUAUUUGAAGAAAGAAAGGGGUUAAAUAUUUUAUUUCCCUAAGGCUUUCUUAAAGGUCAGGGGCUUUACCUAUGAAAAAGUAGUAAAUAGUCAUUUGUAACCUAUGUGAAGCAGCAGCCAGCCUUCAAGUAGUCCUUUCUGGCAAAGACUUAGAGCAAUAAGUACUAGAAUAAUUUGUUUGGGCAGCUUUUAGUUUCUCUUAAGAAGAAUUAACUAGACAGAAUUCAAGAACUUGUUACAUUGCUUGUUAUUGCUUAAUUUACUGAUAAUCACUUAAAAGUCAAGACUUUGCCAAAAAAAAGUAUCCGUAAAAUAUAGAUACUGUUGUUUUGUGUUUUUUACACAUAAAAGAUACAUAGAUGGCAUUAUGCUGUAAACUAUCAUUAUACAGUUAUUCCCAUACUAUUUUUUUUAGAUCUGACCCUAUUGAUCCAUGUAUUUUCAGUUCAUUCAUAUAGCUUUUAAUUUACUGUUAAAUCAUAUGAACACCUCAAAUUUUAAUUAUCUGUUCUUUUUUAAUGGACAUUUAGGUUGUUUCCAAAUUUUACUGUUACAAGCAAUGCUACAGUGGGUAUCUUUGUUUCCUGCUGCACAUGUGCAAGUGUUUUCUUUAAAUUACUUCCCAGAAAUGGAAUUACUGGGUCAUAGGUUAGGCACAUUUUCAACUUCAAGAAAUCUUGCCAGAUUUCUCUCCAAAGUGGUUGAAUCAAUAAACACUGCACCAGCAAUUGGUCAAAGUUUCUAUUUCUCCACAUCCUUGCCCAUACUUUUAUUUUUUACUAAUCUGGUGGGUUUGAAGUAAAAUUAAUCUCAACUAUUUUUUUAAUCUUUUUUUAAUUUAUUUUUGGAAGCUGUUUCAGUUUUGUGUGUGUGUGAGUUUGUGAUAAUUAUACAUACUAUUUUUAAAGGGAAGUAUAUAGUAUUUCUGCUUCCUUGUUAUUUUUAUAGGUUGAUCUUUAGCCUAAUCAUCAUUCUAAUCUAAUCCCCUGGAAAAAUAUUGUUUGUAACAACCAAAUUGCAAAUGAGUUGUUAUACAAAGACAGUGUAUAUUCAUAAAAAGGAGACUUCCUGCAAUAAGCUAGAUUUUCCUCCUCUAGUCUAAAUUCUACUAAAAAUAAUAAACCAUUUUGAGCUGUUUUGUACAUAAGCAUAGGUUAAGAGGUUUAUGUGCUGCCAAAGUUGAUCAAUAAGAUGCUAAAGAUAGAUUUCUUACUGGCUGAAUUUUUAAAAUAAAUGUUUUAUUGAAGUAUAACACACUGAGAAAAAUACGCAAGUCAUAAAUGUACAGAUUUCUGAAUUACCAUAAACUGAACACACCUGUAUAACCAGCACUCAGAUCAAGAAAUAAAAUCACCACCAUCCCAGAAGCCCUUUCAUGCCUCUUCCCAUCACUACCCACCCAAGGGUAACUAUUCUGACUUCAAACAGCAUAGAUUAUUUAUGCCUGUUUUUGAACUUUCUAUAAAUGGAAUCAUGCAGUAUGUACUCUUGUGUCUGGCUUCUAGUGCUCAGCAUAUUUGUGAGGUUCAUCCAUGCAUUGCAUGAAGUUAGUUUGUUCAUUCUCAUUGCUGCAUGGCAUUCCGCUACAUGCCUGUACCACAUGACGUAUUUUGGUUGAUAAAUUAAUCCUAAUAAUAAAUAAAUACCCAUUCAUUAAACCUCAAUCUGAAACUGAAAAAUACACAAUAAAUUACUGUUCUAAUAAAAAAAACUACCACUAUGAUGUAGUCAUACUAAUGCAUUAUUUCUCCAGUGACAGAAGUUAUACAACCAUUGUAUUUCUUUGAGAGAAUACAUGGAAGUAUAUGAUCUAUUUGCAAAAUAUACUGGCAUUACAUCACUAUUCUAUGAUUUUUAUAGUAGUUUUUUCAAUUCAUUUAGUCCUUCACUUAUUCAUUCAGAAAAUAAUUCAGUGCCUACCAUGCCCUAAAUGUGGAGGAUAGAUAUAACUGUAAAAAUGGUGGGUGAGGCACCUGUGCCCGUUAGGAAUGCUUUUGACUUCAAAUAACAGAACCCCAACUAAGUCACUUAAACGGUAAAGAAGUUUGAUUGUCCCACCUAACAAGAAAUCUGUAGGCUGAGAGUUCCAGCAAAGCCAACCCUCAUCUACUCUGCUAUCCUAAUCAUUGGCUUUUAAUCCUUGGCCUUAUGACCUUAUGGUCACAAGAUGGUGACUGCUGCUCCAAGGAUUACAUGCUCACAACAGCAGCCCAAACAAGAAAAGGAAUGUCUGCAGAGAAAAUAAGGAAAAACUUCCUCCUGGUGUAGCUGUCUCUUUUUUUCAGAGAGAAAAAUCUUUCCCAGAUUCUCUCUACAAGACCAUCCAUAGGUCACUCGUGAUCCGAUAAUAGGAUGAGAAGGGUACUUCACCUCUGCGGUCUUCUUCCCGAAAGCUCGUAACCCCAGUCUCAUCAUGAGAAGACAUCAGACAAACCCAAAUCAAGGGAACUUCUACAAAACAACUGACCAGUACUCUUCAAACCUGCCAAGAUCGUGAAAAACAAGGCAAGGCCUAGAAACAGUCACAGAUCAGAAGAGACUAAGGAGACAAGACAACUAAAUGUGAAGUGUACCUAGAUGGAAUCUGGGAAUAAGAAAAGGAUGUUAGGUAAAAAUUAAGAAAAUCUGCAUAAUGUCUGGAGUUCAGUGAUAAUUAUUUACUAAUCCCGGUUUUUCAAUUAUGAUAAACAUACCCUGGUAAUAUAACAAUGUGGGGGUGGAUGAACCAAGAUUGACAAAAUGUUGAUGAAUGUCGAAACUGGGUGAUAGGUAAAUGGAGUUCAUUACACUGUCCUGUCUACUUUUGUACAUCCUGAAGAUUUCCAUUAAAAGUUCGUAAAGGUGAAUAUUUUGCUCUAGUACAUAUGUUUAGUACAUAAUAUGUCAAUAUAAUAUGUAUUAGAUAGUACAUAAUGUUUCAAUAAAUAAUAUAGAGCAUAACUGUGAAUUUUGUUAUCAAGAAUACUGUGUUCGAAUACCAGUUUUGCCAUUUGAUAGUUUGUGAUUUGGGGCAAAUUAUUAAACUUUUCUACUUCUUGGUUUCUUUAGCUGUAAAAUGCAGAUAAUAAUUAUAAUAAUACCUACUUUUAUAAGGUGUUUUUUUUUCAUUCUUUUUCAUAGAUGAAUUUUCCAUUGUAUGUA